AUUUACACCAAUGGGAGUUCCUUGGAAUCCUCUUUAUUUUUGUUAACAAUCAUUUUAUCACUUAAGCCAUAAAAACUUGUAUUUAGGUUUGUUAUCGGUUUUAAAUCAUUUUUAUUGUUAGUGGCAUAGUAUUGGAUUCAGAUAUGUUAUAAUACCGGCUAGAAGAUAAUAUAAAAGUCGAUAAAUGAAAUCGAAUUCAACAUGUUACGUAGUUACGAAGGAACGCGCUAUAUUUCGGAUAAACAAGUGAUUGUUUUAGAUAUUGGGAGUGCCUACACUAAAUAUGGCUAUGCAGGGGAAACUGCUCCUCGUGGUAUCAUAAAUACAGAAAUUAAGUGCCCAGAAAGUAGAGAACUUAGAAAAAUCUACAGUUACAAAGAUGAAGAUGACCUUUAUCAGCUUCUUGUUGAAUUUUUACAUAUGAUAUUUUUCAAGUGUGUAGUAAUAAGUCCAAAAGAUAUUAAAAUAGUUAUUUUAGAAUCUCCAUUGAUUCCAUCAAAAUUUAGAAAUACUUUAGCAAAAGUAUUGUUUCGACAUUUCGAAGUUGGAUCGCUGAUGGUAUUACCGAUACAUUUGGUUACUAUAAGUACAUUAGGAGUGGAUACAUUAUUAGUAUUAGAUGUUGGUUAUCAAGAAGCAACACUUAUACCUGUAUUCGAAGGUGUACCGAUUCUUAAAGCAUGGCAAGCUCUCCCAUUGGCUAGUAAAGCGGUGCAUGAAAGUAUUACAAGAGAAAUGAAAACUAUUUUAUCAGAAACAGAAUCAACUGAAAAGUUGAUUGAGAACAUUAAAGUUCGUACUUGUUUUGUAACAACUAUGGAGCGAUCCCUAAAAUUAGAAACGGAUAAUCCUUUUAAGCCACCUCCGGAUGUAAAAUAUUACACCACAAGAACAUUUGAAAUUCCUGGUAGUGUAAGAGAAAAAGCCUUCGAGGUGCUGUGGCAAAGGGAUAACGAUAAUUUAAGCGUACCAACCAUGAUAUUAGAUUCUAUAAUUAAGUGCCCUGUUGAUACAAGAACCCAAUUAGCAGAAAAUAUUUUACUCAUUGGUGGUACAGUAAUGGCUAAAGGAUUUGCAAGCAGAUUGAAAACUGAACUUUUGUACUUGCUUAAUAGCGAACUCUACAAGGAAAAACUUAAAAUUAAAACAUUUAAAUUUCAUACGGCACCAAGUAAACCAAACUAUACCGCAUGGUUAGGAGGUGCAAUUUUUGGAAGCGUAGAUUUACCUUCUAGAUGUAUUACAAAAGAGAAUUAUCUUGAAUUAAAUCGUGUGCCUGACUGGGUCAAUCUUAUAGAUAAUAGAAAAGAUGAAGCCUCAAAUACUAUUUAGCAAUGAAUAUAUAUUUAUUUUAAAAAAUUCUAUUGAAAACUUUAUUUGCUAAUAGU